UUUCAGCCUGUCUUAAUCAGCAUUUCAUUAGAUGAGUCAGUCAAAUGAUCUCUUCUGAUUUCAAUAGAUCUAAUUGGGUGCUGCCCCCAUAACCUGGAGUCACAUCACUCAAACUUUGAUUGUAAACAUAAGUCAUGUCAGACCACCACACAGAGAAAUUCAAAUUUGUUCAAGGUGGCCCCAUGAUACCACCUGCUCACAACUUAGUGCACAGCCAUAAAGGUCACAGCCAUGAAAGUCACAGCCAUAAAGGUCACAGCCAUGAAAGUCACAGCCAUAAAGGUCACAACCAUGAAGGUCACAGCCAUAAAGGUCACUGCCAUGAAAGUCACAGCCAUGAACAUCCACACGGCCACACACAUGACGUCAUGGAACAUCCUGGAACUUUCAGCGGCCGUGACUUGCCGUUGUACAGAGUUGAUUGGCACCAGCGAGCGUUUACAGUUGGCGUCGGUGGCCCAGUGGGUUCUGGGAAAACCGCCUUAGUUCUGGCACUCUGCAGGUAUUUAAGGAGCAAGUCCAGUGUGUGUGUGGUCACCAAUGAUAUUUUUACCAAGGAGGACUGGGAGUUUCUGGUCAGGAAUGAGGCCCUGGAUGCUGACCGUCUGCGGGCCGUGGAGACAGGCGGCUGUCCUCACGCCGCCAUCAGAGAGGAUUACUCAUUAAACAUGGCCGAAGUAAGGGAUCUAACUCUCAAAUUUCACCCUGACAUUGUCUUCAUCGAAUCAGGGGGAGAUAAUUUGGCUGCAAACUUUUCACGUGAAUUGGCAGACUACAUUAUCUACGUCAUAGAUGUAGCAGGUGGAGACAAAAUCCCAAGAAAAGGUGGACCUGGGGUGACCCAGAGUGACCUUCUGGUCAUCAACAAAACUGACCUGGCCCCGGCAGUGGGUGCAAGCCUGGAGGUGAUGCAGCGAGAUUCCACCUUGAUGCGACAGAACGGCCCAACAGUUUUUACCCAAGCCAAACACGGCACAGGUGUAGAUAAAGUGGCACAGCACAUUCUGGAGGCGCUGGGUCGACAGCGCAGGCCAUUUGACGUCACCAUAUGACAUCCUGUGUGCCAUGACAAGUUUAGCUGGCGACUGUGUGGAUGAUGGCAUGGUUGAGUGUCAGAAAUGUCUGAGUGUCGCCAUCAAUUGCAGUUAAUUAAUUACAGAAAUAAAAUCCAAUCAA